AUGGCUUUACCAAGUGCCCUGUGGAUGGGGUUGGUACUGCUGGGAGCCUUGGGGUUCCUGCAGACCCCAGCCCAAGCCGGGGCCUCCGUGCAGCCCAAUUUCAAGCAGGACCAGUUCUUGGGGCGCUGGUUCAGCGCGGGCCUCGCCUCCAACGCCACCUGGUUCCGGGAGAAGAAGGCGCGGUUGUUCAUGUGCAGAUCGGCCGUGGGCCUCACUGCAGAUGGCGGCCUCAACCUCACCUCCACUUUCGUCAGGAACAACCAGUGUGAGACGAGGACCAUGGUGCUGAUGCCGGCCGGGGUCCCGGGCCACUACACCUACCGGAGCCCACACUGGGGCACUGUGCAUGACGUCUUCGUGGUGGAGACAGACUACAGCCAAUAUGCCCUGUUGUACAGCCAGGGAACCAAGGGGCCCGGGCACGAUUUCCGAAUGGCCACCCUCUACAGCCGAACCCAGAACCCGAAGGCAGAGUUUAAGGAGAAAUUUGCUGCCUUUGCCAAAGACCAAGGCUUCACAGAGGACACCAUUGUCUUCCUCCCACAAGCCGAGGAAGACUGGGGGCUGGUGAAGGUCUGGCUGGUCCACGUGGAGGCGGAGCCUGGAGAAUGGGGGAGAAGAGGGGAGAGGUCACCAGGCCCCAAGAUCCUGACCCUCCGGCUUCACUUCCCUCCAGACCCCUGA